CGCGUAAAGGCAAGGAACGAAGGGGGAGACGACUUCCGCCCACACACCACUUUUUCCUCCUUUUAGAUCAGUCUGCCCACAUUAAAUAUGGCCACGAGAAGCGGCGCAGACGCCGGCCUUACUGCGCACGCGCGAAAUGCCAAGCGCCCAUCAGUACAUUGCCCGGCGGACCGGCACUGCGCAUGCGCAGCAGAUAUGAGCUGCUUUCCCAAUGUUUUCUGCUUAGGAGGCUAAAGCACUGGAGCGAGCAUCACAUUGGCUGCCAUGUUGGAGGAUCCUGAUCUCUGUCCGUUGGACCCGGCAAUCCUCCCCCAGCAGGUCUCAGUCCGGGCCCUGGUGACCUUCCAUGAUGUGUCGGCCUGCUUCUCGGUUGAGGAGUGGGGUGCUCUGGAGGACUGGCAGAAGGAGCUGUACAAGAAUGUGAUGAGGGAGAUUCACGCUGCCCUGCUGUCUAUGGGAUACUCCAUCAUGAACCCAGAGCAGCUGCUGAGAGUGGAGGGGCUGAAAGGGUCUUCACCGGCCAGAGGGAAGAUUCCAGAACACAAGAAGCAUAAUGUCAUCACAGCCGGAGCCCCGAUGUUUAACCCUGACAUCUCCCUAUGGAUCCGUGAGGUGGUGGAGGAGGACGUGACCCAAUCGGAGAAGCCCGAGCAGUCAGCGCUGUGGGAGAGUCCCAGCCCAGAGAUCCCCAUCCUGAAGCCGGAUAUCUGUCUGAGAAUAAAGCCGGAUGAGCUGGUCUUUGAGGCUCGUCCGGAUCCGGAGCCCGGGGAUACCGACAACGAGGCUGGAUCGGGCAUCUCCGUCACCAUAGAGAGCGACGCCGAACCUUUCUGGCUGAACGUCCAGGAGGCGGAUACAGAUAACGAGGAGAUGCUGAGCGAGCACCAUAUGGAUAAUGGGUUCUUAAGCAGUCCCGCUGAAGACCAUCUGUCAGACCUUCAACACAACGGCCUGUCCCUGGAAAAUGGCUCUUUUGAGGAAUGGGAUAACCCAUCCCCCAUUCGCCUUCCACGCCCCAGAAAAUGCCAGUCCAUAUUCAGGAUCGGUCAGCCCAUUUCCGAGCAGGCGUACGACUUCAACGAGCCGUCAAGCCCCACGCAGAUGCGACCGUUCCAGUGCUCACAGUGCCAGCAGAGCUUCAGCGAGAGUGAGACCCUCCUCUUGCAUCAGACUGUCCAUGCCACUUGGAACUGCGACACACAGGAAGUUCGGGGAGAUGAGUACAUUGUCCCCGCCGAUUCGUCUUCCGCCAUUAUCCGAAGCUGCCCUGCACCAUACCUGUGCGGGGACUGCGGCAAAGGUUUCAAUAGCUCCUACAAGCUGAAGAUCCACCAGAGAAUUCACACGGGGGAACGCCCUUACAAGUGCCUCGUAUGCGAGAAGCGCUUCCACAAGAGUGCCCACCUGAAGGUCCACCACCGUACCCACACAGGAGAACGGCCUUAUGGCUGCCAGGUGUGCAACAAGAGGUUUACCAAAUCCUACCAUCUGAAGGUCCACCUCCGGACCCAUACCGGGGAACGCCCUUACCAGUGCCCCAUUUGCCACAAAACCUUCAGCGUCAACUCGCACCUGACUGUCCACAUAAGAACUCACUCGGGUGAAAAGCCUUUUGUCUGCUUCGAAUGCGGCAAGAGCUUUCGGCAAAAGACCAGCCUUCUCAGCCACCAGAAGUCCCACCAGCGCUUAGUAGAGCGGCGGAAGCUGACGUGGAAGACUUUGUGGCCGGAGAAAUGAAAUUACCUCUAGAGAUUCUAGGGCAGCACUUAACUCUUAUAAGAGAGGUUACUCACUGGGAAGAAGCAGUUUUACUUCUUGAGGAACAUUUAACGAUGGCAUUACUAAUAAUCUCCGUGCCAAUGACGGAUUGUUGCCAGUUUCAGGAGUAGUAUUGCUAAGAGUGGAUCCAGGAAACACUAACUUCAAGGCCUACUUGGGCUCUUUGUAACAUCCUUAAGGUGUUGUGUACAAUCCUAACUU